AGAAAACCAAAGAAAAUUGAAGCUGAAGAUUGGAAGUUUGGCGCAGAAACCCGGUUCAUGGUGCUCCGAAAUUGAUCCGAACCAGUCAAUAUUAAGAAGAAAACAAAAGUCGUAGAAGCUCCAGAAUUAACGUUAAAUUGCAUUUGUGUUUCUAAUCUCUAACGUUGUAGUUAUAGAACCAUGAUGCUGUAAUUAAAUUAAACCACAGUUGAGUUUGUUUACCUCCUGAAAAAAAAUGCGGAGGGUACUUGGGAAGAUUGCUGGGUUGUUCAGCAAUCGAAGUAUGGCGGGAGUGGACAAAGUAGGGAACAAAUACUUCACCAGACACGAAGAAAUUGAUGGCAUCAAAUGUGAUUGGAUUAUGUAUUUACCAUAAAACCAUUGAUGGAUGAAAAUGGGGACCAACAUGAAAGAGAAGAGAUGGGUGGUGUUUAAGGGAGAGCAGGAUCCUACCUCCAUUCCAGUUGAAUGGAUAUGUUGGCUGAAUGGGCAGCGUAAAAGGGCUCCAACCCCAGAGGAACAAAUGGAAUUGGAGGCAAGACGUGAACAAGUUAGAGAGAAUGUUGCCCUUCUCAAGAAAGAAGAAGAGGAAAGGAAAGCCAAAGAAGGCAGUAGAGUCAGACGUGUCAGCAGCACUGGAGAACACAGUGGUCCAGACUUGAAAAGUUUUAUUCGGCAGUUUCCAGUUCCUUCCGAAGGUAAUGAGGUUGAAGAAUCAUCUGGUGCAAAGGAUGACUUGAGGAAUUUUCAAGAUAACCCAGUUAAGAAUGCAGAAGUUGAGCUUGAGUCUUCAGAGCCAACUGGGUCUGGUGCAAGUUUUAAACCUGGAACCUGGCAACCUCCAACUUGAACUUUCAUCAACCAUCACAAUUAAGGGAGGGGCCUGCUGACACAACAUUCCUGAUUUUUACUCAUGCUAUGUUUUGAAAAGCCGUGCAUGAUGUUUUAUUUAUUCCUUCAAGAAAUUUUGGCAUAAUAUAUGUGUGCGUCUGAGUUUCUCGAAAUUGUAAUUCAUUGAUUUGCAUUUGCUCAAGGAAUAUGACCAAUGAGUUAGACAACUUUAUGCAUUAUGCAUUUGCAGGGCAUCUUGCCAUGCCGAGUUACCUUGUUCGUUCGGAAUAAUCUCUUAGAUUUGAUGCAUUGUGAUGUCUCGAAUCUAAACAUUAAGAAAUACAGGAUGUAAUGUAAAGGUACUUUUGGGCGACCUUGCAAGCAAGGACCCUUGUCUGAGUCUGAUCUGUAAACCUGAACUGGCACAGAAUUUGAAUCAAAAGUUAUUGGCUUAGUUAUUUGUUUGUCUAUGAAAAUAUGUACGUAGUAUUGGAUUGUUAUUACAA